GUAUAAGUUACGUACGUAGCAGUUGUGGUAGUAGCCAGGGGCUCAUUUGAAUGGGCUGCACUUCUUUCACACCUCACACUUCACACAAUUGUCAACUUCAUCUUUCUACCUAUCGACAUAUUGAUGUUGUUCUUUCCCAAAUAAAUAAAACACACCAAACCACGAUACUAUACAGUAGUCACAAUUCAAUAUUCGACCAAAAAAGGGUCGCAUGCACGCAUAAUAGCCCUCAACGGGCCUCUAAUCAACCACCCCCGACGCCUCGACGUUUAUAAGGUCCCACACACGACGUCCAGAUGUCGGCGGUCAGUCGCAUUCGUGGCGCUUUCGCCGUGCCUAGGAAGGGCGAAACGUUUGAGUUGCGAGCUGGUCUAGUAUCCCAAUAUGCAUGGGAACGCAAGGAAUCAAUUCAAAAAACUAUUAUGGCCAUGACUUUAGGGAAAGACGUGUCACAGCUAUUUCCGGACGUGCUAAAGAACAUCGCGACGGCCGACCUAGAUCAGAAGAAGCUUGUUUAUCUGUAUUUGAUGAACUAUGCGAAAUCCCAUCCCGAUCUCUGCAUUCUUGCUGUCAACACCUUCGUCCAAGACUCGGAAGACCCAAACCCACUCAUAAGAGCACUUGCUAUCCGAACGAUGGGCUGUAUUCGAGUGGACAAGAUGGUGGAUUACAUGGAAGAGCCUCUGCGGAAGACAUUACGUGACGAGUCGCCAUAUGUACGGAAGACAGCUGCUAUCUGUGUCGCGAAACUAUUCGAUUUAAACCCAUCCAUGUGCAUGGAGAAUGGCUUCCUGGAAAUACUUCAAGAAAUGAUUGGAGACCCCAAUCCCAUGGUUGUGGCGAACUCUGUGCAAGCACUGGCAGAAAUAACCGAGACAGCACCCGAGACAAGGGCAUUAGUGAUAACACCGGCAACACUCAAGAAAUUAUUGAUGGCUCUGAAUGAGUGUACGGAGUGGGGAAGGGUGACGAUCCUUUCGACACUGGCCGAUUACCCACCCCAGGACGUGAAGGAGUCAGAGCACAUUUGCGAACGAGUAGCGCCGCAGUUCCAACAUGUGAAUCCCAGUGUCGUGCUCGCCGCCGUCAAAGUGGUGUUCAUCCACAUGAAGCUAAUCAACGCCGAUCUCGUCCGCCAAUAUCUUAAGAAGAUGGCGCCUCCCCUGGUCACUCUCGUCGCUUCAGCUCCUGAAGUCCAAUAUGUAGCAUUGCGAAACAUUGAUCUUCUUCUACAAGCCAAACCUGAUAUCCUCAGCAAAGAACUCAGGGUCUUCUUCUGCAAAUACAAUGACCCGCCGUAUGUCAAACUACAAAAACUCGAGAUUAUGGUGAGGAUAGCGAAUGAGAAGAACUACGAGCAGUUGCUGGCUGAGUUAAAGGAGUACGCACUGGAAGUGGAUAUGGACUUUGUUCGAAGAGCCGUUAAAGCAAUUGGGCAGGUCGCGAUCAAAAUUGAAGGCGCUAGCGAGAAGUGUGUCAAUGCGCUCCUCGAUCUAAUCGCUACCAAGGUCAACUAUGUGGUCCAAGAGGUUAUCGUCGUCAUCAAAGACAUCCUCCGGAAAUACCCUGGUUAUGAAGGGGUCAUCCCUACACUUUGCAACCAUAUUGACGAGUUAGAUGAGCCUGAAGCGAGAGGUUCACUAAUAUGGAUUGUUGGCGAGUAUGCGGAGAAAAUCAAUAAUGCUGACGAAAUCCUAACAACGUUCGUUGAUGGGUUUAUGGAAGAAUUUACGCAAACCCAGCUGCAAAUUUUGACGGCAGUUGUUAAAUUGUUUUUGAAAAAGCCAAGCAACAGUCAAGGGUUAGUGCAGAAAGUGCUACAGGCGGCAACGGCGGAGAACGAUAAUCCUGAUAUUCGAGACCGAGCCUACGUCUAUUGGCGACUUUUGUCUGGGGACCUCGAUGUUGCAAAGAACAUUAUUCUAUCGCCCAAGCCAGCCAUCACAACCACGAUGACAAGCUUACCAGCAACCUUAUUAGAGCAGUUACUCGGCGAGCUAUCGACUCUAUCCUCCGUCUAUCACAAGCCGCCAGAGUCCUUUGUUGGCAAAGGACGCUUCGGUGCUGAUGAGAUCCAACGAGCAGCUAUCCAAGAACAACGGCAGAAUGCAGCAGAAAACCCCAUCGCGGCAUCAGUCGCUUCCUCCCGAAAUGGGGCACAGACACAGAACAACAUCGAAAACUUGCUGGAUAUCGAUUUUGAUGGUGCUGCGCCAGCGUCACAAGAGCAACAAUCUGCAACAGCCACACCAGAACGUGUGGCAAGCCCGGCCGGCGGAGCCGCUCCGUCAGGCGGCAUGGCCGAUAUGAUGGGUCUAUUUGACGCCCCAGCGCCUCAACCCAGCAUGGGAAGCGCAGGUGGUGGUGUGAACGAUCUCAUGAACGGAUUUGGGGGAUUAGACCUGGGUGGAUCGAGCCAGCCCCCACCAGCAUCGGUGCAGCUCGGUCACGGGGACAGCACGGAGCCGAAGAAAGGCGGCAAUAACGAUGAUCUACUAGGUCUCUUCUGAUGGGGUGGCGAUUAACAGCAGGGUCAUGAGGAGGGAAAGUUGGGAGUCAGUAGGUCGGGACCUGCCGAAGUGAUGGCUGAAUGAUAACUCAUUGGAUCUGUGACCACGUGGGCUCUGUUUUGCAGACAAGAUGUUUUACGAGGAAUUCUGUGCGAGUGUCGAAAUGAGUAUCAGGACUCCAGGCCCCUUUCAAAAGUCCCGGUAUCAUGAUUUGUAUGUCCAUGGGGGAAAAGAAGCAGAGCGGGGCAGAGCAGAGCAGAGUAAAGUCAAAACGUAGGUAACUUGUUAGAUGGAACAGUUCAUAACGCGAAAAGAUAGAUUCCUAGGUCCUCGUGCCCCCUAUUUACUUUCCUUGUGGCAUAGUACCGUAGGCAGGUACCUACAUAUUUAUGUAUGUAUAUGCCAAGUGUCAUGUGGAGGCACUUGUAGGUAGGUAAGUGGCAGUGGUAGAAUCUCCCUCCCUAAGAUUACCUUAACCUAGGUAGGUACGAUCUUGAUAUGGUGGUGCAAAGGGUUUCUUAUGAUAGGUAAUAGCUAGCAUGCUCUUCCCCGGGUAUAUUCCGCGCGCAUAUAUAUGCCUCCCCUCCCCUUUCCUUUCCUUUGCGUGCUGCUUAUGUGUCUACUAUGUAGGCACCUAUUUAUCCCUUACCCC